CUUUUUUUGGUCGUAUUUUUGAUGGAAGGGCACUGUCUUUGUCGACAUGGUGAGUUUACGAACUAAGGUGAACGAGAAAUGAGACACUUGUUGGAUUUAAAUGGCGCAGAGGAGUGCGGCAGAUGAUGAGACAAGGAGGUGAAUUUCAGAGGGCUUUUGGCAGAUUGCAGCGGAUCUCUGAUAGGAACCAGUGGAUCACCACAUGAAGAAGAGUCUGAUCUCUGACAUGGAUUCAUAUGGGUCGUCAUUACACCGCAGUCAGUCUCUGGCCAGCGGUCUGGAGAAGAGUUCUCCAACGUGGAACAAACCGUCUCACUCUCGGAGCAGCAGCACUCUGUCAUCUCGACACUCCAGACAGAUAAUCAAAGACUGGGAAGUGAUCGACGACCCCCAUACAGAAAUGAACACGGGAAGUGACAACCCUCAAGAUGUCACCACGCCAGGUAUCUGUGAGGGUUACCUGCACAAGAGGAGGAAGUGGCCGCUGAAGGGUUGGCACAAGAGAUACUUUGUCUUAGAAACAGGGAUUUUACGUUACUGUAAAAACCAACAUGAUGUCAUUAGAGGAAGAGUCCAGGGCUCCUUAGAUCUCAGUCUGGCUGUGAUGUCCAUUAACAAGAAAUCAUAUCGGAUCGAUUUGGAUGCUGGGCACAUCCUCUAUCACAUGAAGGCAAAAAGCCACGAACUCUUCUACAUUUGGGUUACAAAGCUUCAAGCACACCGCCAGUACAAGAAGAACGAAGCGGCUCACGUUCACGGCGGAUUCCUCCACCCUCUGUCCUAUGGGGUUGUGAGCGGACAAUCUCAGAGAAAUGGAGACUUGGGCUCUGCAGGCAGAGCAGAUUCAACGACAGCCUCAGGAGAGCUUCCCUCAGCUAACACCGCUGUGAACACCAAAGUGUCUGCCUGGCUGCAGCAAAGUCACAGCCCAGACACCUGUGUGCAAGAGCUGAACCGAUGCCAUGCUGACCUUUCUGAGCUAAACCGUUUAAUCCAGAGGCUGCAGACGUUGGAGGCAGGCCAGACUUUCACCAAUGGAGACCUGAAACGCAUCAUCAGCACACAUAAUCUGUCUCUUGAGAAGCCGAAGAAGCACAGAUCAGGAAAGAUUUGGGGUCACUCUCGCACUCUGUCCCGAGUGGAGGCCCUGGGAAUGCUCUCCUCCAGUCACCUGAGCAACUCGUCUCACCUCGGUACAUCAGUCCCCUCCAUCCCCGACUACGUCUACUCCCAGCUGUCCCCGUCUACCAUCACACUGACGCCUGAGAGCAAGAAAAUCCACCAGGACAUCUGCACCACCUCACAACGAGUGUUUAACUCCCUGAAAUCAGUGCAUGAAGCUCUGUCCCUGGAGAGGCAGAAGCUGCUGGAAGUCUGGGAUACAAACAACAUCCACCAGCCCAACACGUUAGCAGAGCCUGCAGACGUAAGGCAUUCACCUCACGGGACUCCCUCAGUCGCAGAUUCGGCUGCUGAGUAUUUUGAUGCCAGUGAUGACGUCCUUUGUGGUUGUUCCUCUGAGAUCUCUGACGAAUCAGGGCUCAGCGAUGGUAGCACGACUAACUCUGAGCCAGAGGAAGGACAUGUAUCAGCCACUCGGAAAUAUCGGGCCAGCAUUUCAAAGUCUCCAAACAGUGUUGUACCCAAAAGCACGGGACGGAGAACUACACUUCCUGCUCACUGUCCUGACAACAGCCAUGUCGGCCUCAUGGCUAUUCUCUACAAUAACAUAGGUAAAGACUUGGCUCGUGUGUCCAUGCCCGCUGCUCUGAACGAGCCCGUUAACCUGCUGCAGAGACUUUGUGAGGAGCUCGAGUACAGCGAGCUGCUGGACACUGCAAGCAACACAGAGGAUCCCUUCCAGAGGAUGGUUUACAUCGCUGCCUUUGCUAUCUCCGGUUACUCCACGGCCACAUUCAGAAACCGUUACAAGCCCUUUAACCCGGUUCUGGGUGAGACCUUCGAGUGUAUCAGAGAGGACCGAGGCUUCAGACUCAUCAGUGAGCAGGUGUGCCAUCAUCCUCCCAUCUCUGCGUGCCAUGCAGAAUCAGACAAAUUCUCCUUCUGGCAAGAUCAGAGAUGGAAAAAUAAAUUCUGGGGUAAAUCUCUGGAGAUUCUGCCAACAGGAAUGGUGAACGUCACUCUGCCUAGGUUUGGAGACCACUACGAGUGGAACAAAGUAGUGACCUGCAUCCACAACGUCCUCAGUCAGCAGCGAUACCUGGAGCAUUACGGAGAGGUCACCAUCCGAAACCUCAAGAGUAACGUGUGCACCUGCAAGAUCACGUUUGUCAAAUCUCGUUAUUGGGGCUCAGAAACAAACAAGAAUGAGGUGCAGGGCAUGGUGCUCGACCAGAGCGGCAGCGUGAUUCACCGGUUUGGAGGUCUGUGGCAUGAAGGCAUCUUCUGCGACACUCUGCCCACUCCUAAGUGUGUCUGGAAACCGAAUCCCAUGCCAAAGGAUUACCUGCUGUACUACGGCUUCUCCUCCUUCGCCGUGGAGCUGAAUGAACUCUCCCCAGACUUGAAGCCUUUCCUGCCGCCUACAGACAGCCGCCUGCGCCCCGACCAGAGGUUGCUGGAGGAUGGAUAUGUGGAUGAAUCAGACAAAAAGAAGGAUUAUAUCGAGGAGUUUCAGAGGGAGCGAAGGAAAGAACUCGCCAAAAAAGGAGAGGAGCACAUCCCACGGUUUUUCAGGAAAACCAAAGAUUCCUGUGGACGGGAUGUUUGGGUGUCAAACGGGACGUACUGGAAGCUCCGAGAGAACCCAGGUUUUGCUAAAACUUCUAAUAUAAUUCUCUGGUGAUGAGAGAAGUUUUCACAGAAGCAAAAAUACCGGAGGAGGAUGUUUGGACAGCAUAUAUGAACCACUCUGAGAAACAUGCAGAGUGGAGACGGUGCUGCUGGUCCCUCCUCGUUCCUCCUCGUUCCUCCUCGUUCCUCAUGCUCGCUCAUGACUGGAUCAUGUGAAGCAGACUCAAACAGGAGGUAAAGACCCAAACAAUGCAAAAAUGGACCUUUACAUCAUGGUUAAUUUUCUAAUGAUUUUAUUUUUGUAGAUAAUUUCAGUAGAUAAAUAUAUGUUUGUAUUUUUGAGCAUUUUUUUGAUGAAAACAUUAAAUAUGUGAUGCACAUAGUGCAUUCAUUUACAACCCCGAUUCCAAAAAAG